CUCCGCCGCCCGUGCCAUGUCCUCUAAUACCUCGAACAUCGUUUUUGAUGACAUAUUUACGAUAAAUGCCAUCGACAAGGAGGGAAAGAAGUUCGACCGCGUGUCAAGGCUGUACGCACACUCGAAGAACUACGAUAUGGACUUGACCCUUGACUACAAUAUCGAGCUGUUCCCGCUUCAACAAGGCCAGCAGGUCGCGCUCGCACUCGCGACAUCGCUCUCGCGCGGGCCGCCUGCGGACGGCGAGGAGGAGAAGGAUGUUGAGGUCUGGCGGCCGGACGGCAAGGGUCGCCGAGGGCUCGAGGAGGAUUACGAAUACGUCAUGUAUGGGAAGGUUUACCGUUUUGAUGGCGGAACUGCAGAGAUUGUGACUGCGUACGCUUCGUUUGGCGGGCUGCUUAUGUCACUCACUGGCUCGUUCCGGCAUAUGACCAACAUCGUCCUUGGCAAUCCCGUCUACGUCCUCCUGCGCAGAUAGCCCCAGAAGACUAGGCUUUUUAAUACCAAAACCACUCCCGUCGAGCGAUCAUCCUUGUUGAAGGUUGUCAGCCGGGAUACGUGCACCUCAAUACCGGUUUUUUUGCUAGAGCACAACACGCAAAGUUAUUGUAAUUUAUGCAUACAGAAAUGCAUGCCAUAAU